CUUCCGGGUGACGGAGGUCGGCCCCGGCAAGAUGGCGGCCCCCUUGGAGCUGAGCUGCUGGGGAGGAGGCUGGGGGCUCCCUUCCGUCCACAGCGAGUCCCUGGUGGUGUUGGCGUAUGCCAAGUUCUCUGGCGCACCCUUGAAAGUCAAUGUUAUAGAUAACACCUGGAGAGGUUCCAGAGGUGAUGUGCCAAUUUUGACAACUGAAGACAGCAUUGUUUCCCAGCCUGCAAAAAUACUAAACUUUUUAAGAAAACAGAAAUAUAAUGCAGACUGUGAACUCUCAGCAAAACAAGGGGCAGAUACCCUGGCUUACAUUGCCCUCCUAGAAGAGAAACUUCUCCCUGCUGUGCUUCACACUUUCUGGGUUGAGAACGACAAUUACUUUGCUGUGACAAAGCCAUGGUUUGCCUCCCGUAUCCCUUUCCCUCUAAGCUUGAUCCUGCCUGGAAGGAUGUCUAGAGGGGCACUGAACAGGAUUCUCUUGACAAGGGGAGAACCGCCCCUCUACCAUGUCCAGGAAGUGGAAGCCCAGAUAUACAGAGAUGCCAAGGAGUGCCUGAAUCUCCUGUCAAACAGAUUGGGGACAUCUCAGUUUUUCUUUGGUGACACGCCUUCCACCUUGGACGCCUACGUGUUUGGCUUCCUUGCACCCCUUUAUAAAGUGCGGUUUCCCAAAGUUCACUUACAAGAGCAUCUGAAACAGCUUUCCAACCUGUGCCGCCUCUGUGACGACAUCCUCAACAGCUACUUUAGGCGUGGUCCUGGGGCAUUUUCCUCCAUGAACAGAAAACAGUAGCAGAUUGACUUUGGUGAGGUACACUCCCAUGAUUCUACUUGAAAACUGAUUGCACCAAACUGGAGAUAGAGUAAGUAGAAGGCUCUUGGCACUUAGGAUGGAAUUCUGUGACUGGGGGCCUGUGCUUAAGGGACUGGGCAUUGUGUUUGUAUCUGUAGAGUGGCUGAAGUUGUCCUUUUAAGAAACACAAGUUUUGAGAUAGCUGGCUUAGGUGGCAGGCUAUUUUUUUGUGGUGGAUUAUCUGCUUUACCUAUAGGGAAGUCUAGGAAAUGGGAAGUCAGGGAACUAAGUAACAUCCGACUGUGUGACUCUGGACCAGUGACUAGCAAACCUGACUGACUACACAGCUCUUCCAUACUUCCCAAAUUAAAAUGUUCCGGGAUCAAUCCCAGAAUGCUCUGCUUCUAAAAAUCCCUUUAAAUGUCUUGGGCACCUGAUAGUAGCUAUUAGGGAAUUGCUACUUUAGCAAGAUACCUAUAGUGUUAUAACCAGUGAUCUAUGUGUAGUGAUUAGGGAAGUGGGCAACAUAAUCUUGAGACCACCUUGCUGUUACUAACCACUGUAGCUGACUGCAUGUCAUGUGGCUCCAUGUCUUCUAAGACACAUUCCGUGUUUUCCUUUCUGGUUUCCUAUGGAGCACUGCCGUCCCUCCUAACUUUGCCCUUGAACCCAAAAUGUAUUUUCUAUUUCUUUUUCUUUUGUGGGGGCAGGGUGGGGCAUGGAGCAAUUGGGAGGGUGGGUAAACGGAAAAAUUUUUUUCUAUCUUAAAUAGCUUGAAGUCUUUCAAAGUUUCCUUGCUUUCCCUGAUUUCUCUCCUGGCUUCUCAGGCAUCUCUCCAGCUGGACAAGAAAUGAUAGACGCAAACCUGCAGAAACUCACCCAACUUGUAAAU